GUUUUUUUUUUCAAUUUUUCUAUCAUUUUGCGAUCUUGUGUUAUUUUACUUGUUGAAAGAAACAAUUUCUAUAGUUCUAGCGAAAUCAUCUGCUUUCCGAAUAAAUCAAAAGCCACCCUUACUCAAUGACAGAAAGAUUGGUUGGAAAAUUAUGUGCUGAGCUGAAGAAUCAGACCUCAAAGAAAGUGUUAGACAUCCAAACACUAGGUUUCCUACAAAACUUUUUGGUGUCAUGAUCAUGAAUUGUGCAAAAAGGUGAAUUUUUCCUUUCCAAGAAUGCAGUUAAAGUUCACAUUUACAAGUCACAAGCAUGGAGACACAUACUCAUGAUUGCUAACGGUUUAGGUUACAUGAAGAGUUUGUUUGAAAAACAUGGCAGUGGGUUGGAAAAAUUAUAUGUUGGUGUCAAAUGUUUUGAUUUUUAUUAUUUUGGUAACAGCACAUAUCUUGGUUAUUGAUGGUUCUUGUUUACUUUAGGUCAAAGUAGUCAAUACCGUACCGGCAUGCGUACCGAUUUUGUUAUUGAAACGGUACGUACCGAAUACCGAAAUUUUUCACGUACCGUUUCGGAUUUAUCGUUAUAAAAAAAUUUUAUGAAAAAUUUUGGGGAGAAGUUGAAGAAAAAAAACAAGAAAAGGACUCAAUUGAAAAAAUUAAAAAGCUGAGGAUGAAAUUUAUUAAAAUAAACCCAUAAGCCCAGCCCAAUAUUAAGCAGCCCAUCAAAACCCAAAUUUAAGAAAACCCUAGUUUCCUCCUUUAAAAGGGAGAAGGAGGAUCCACCAUUGCCACCAUCACCUCCGUUCUUUCACCUCGGAUCUUCACCAUCCCCUUGCUGAGCAUCUCAUCAUCAUCAUAGCCUCCACCUUCAUCACCGAUAAUCACCAAAGCAGAAGGGUUCGGCAGCUACCAGAAAUGGGGAGAAGAUGAAGCAGAUCUAGCCAGUAAUCACGGAAGCGAAGCAUUCACUGAAUCUCCAACCCACCGGCAACAGGUUGAGGAAGACGUUCGCGGCGUGCGGCGUGUGGCGUUCGUCGUUCGUGAUGAAGAAGGAGAACAGAAACAUAUCUGCAAUCGGAAAUCCAUUGUUUUUUUUUUUUUUUAUAUAGUUUGAACUUAGGUGUACCGGUCAUAUUUCGGUGUGCCGGCAGGUACACCGGAUUUUGACCAAAAUGGUCGAAUUUUGAUCAAAACGAAAUUUGAUGUUGUACCGUUUCGGUCAAGUGUCAAAACCGGUACAUACCGACCAUACCGGCCGGUAUGGUACGGAAUUGACUUCUUUGCUUUAGGUUACUUGCAAAGCUUGUUUGGAAAACAUGGCAGUGGGUUGGAAUAAUCUAUAAUUAUGUCUUCCUGGUUGAUGAACAAUCUUCCAAGUUACCAUAAGGCUUCUUAGGGGACUUAAACUCACAGAAGUACAAUGCAUCAAUUGAGUACUAUUGGGUUCCCUUCAUAAUGGAGUCUGAUUCAUACCAUGCAACAUAUCAUACUGUCUUGAGAUGACUGGUGAACCUUGCUACCAUAGCCAAACAUGGCAAGAGCUAGGAAGGAGUUGAUGUGUUGCUGUUUGAGAGCUAUCUCUGAUGGAUGCACAAGUGUAAUAAGCCUUAAUCAAUGCUAUGUAAGUUUCCAAUUUUCAAUCUAAUGCUUUCCAUUCCAUCCAAAUUCUUCUAGAUUUUCUAAACCUUGUUGCCAUAGCCAAACAUGACAAGAGGAAGAAAGGAGUUUGAUGUGUUGGUGUGUGAAGCUAGUCUGGUGGAUGUACAAGUGUAACAGGCUUCAGAUCAAUGUUAUAACCCUUCAAGGCUUUCACCUCUUCCUCUAGAACCACUUGCUCUCAACUAUGGUUAUGAUGCAAAUCAUGAUAUCCCUCUUGCUACAGUUACUAGACCCAGUUUUAAGUGUUCAAAUUAUCUUGGGAAUUGAAGAGGAAAGAGAGGGAGAUUGGCCAUGGCAGUUGAACUUAACCAACAACAGCAGGUAUAUCAGAGAGAUUGAACUUGUGAAACGUGCAGACUUCUACAAGUUUCACUCAUUUGUUUCUUGGGAAUUGAAGAGGAAAGUGAGGGAGAUUGGCCAUGGCAGUUGAACUUAACCAACAACAGCAGGUAUAUCAGAGAGAUUGAACUUGUGAAACGUGCAGACUUCUACAAGUUUCACUCAUUUGUUUCUUCCGGAAUAUACAACACAGUAGGUGAAGAGGAGAGAAGAGGCGUUAGCAAGAGAUUGGCCACCACUUGCCCCAGUUGUUCAUUAUGAUAUUGAAAAUGAUAUGUUGAUUUAUUGACAAAAGUUGAUGUAUAUGGCCUUUUGAUCAUUCUUAGGAUUGGUUCUGUGCCUUUUUUGGAAUGACAUUAACUGCUACUGCAACAUGCAUCAAAGGGAAGGAUGGAAGCCAUGCGGUAAUGAGAACUGCUUCAACGAGACCUAUCCAAUCCAACAAGCAUCAUACUGGAGAAUUGGAUCUCAUCUUGCUAUCAUGGAGACGGUUCGCAACAUCUUACAAGAACUAGAGAUCAACCAUUACAGUUUUGAACAAAUACACAAUUGUCAA